UGAAAACUGGUUGAAAUUUUCAGAUACAGAAUGGAAGUUAAUAUAAACAAAGAUGUAUAUUUAUCUAUAAUUAGUUCAGCAUUCUUUACUGUGAUAAUUUCAAAGAAAUAUACACAGGAAGUUGGUAAAUCUAUGUCAAUGAUGUAGCAAGCCAGAGAGGCAUAUCAGCACUAUUUCAUUGGUGUGUGUAAAUAUGUACAAAACAGUCUUUGUUUUCAGUGUAAAUUCUUCAAAUUAUGGAUAAACAAAGUGAUUUUCUGGACUAAGUUGUGAAUUUUGAGAUGACUUUGUGAAGACUUGAAGAUUUUGUGGAUUUAUAUUGAAGCUAUAAAAAACUGAGUCACUAAAGAUGUAGUAUACAUACUAUCGAGACUGAUGUACGGGGAAUACCGAGUGAACGUUGGUUCUUUUAUGAACAACUCAGACAAAACAUGAGCAGUAGCUGUCUCACACGGACACCGCUCAUCGAGCUAGCGAUACUUUUGACGAUUAUAGUCAUGACAUGGGCAACAAAUGAUAUGAUUCCCCAUUUUACUGUUGAGCCAUCUUCAGGCGUAGUAUCCCAGAAUUCACCCACAACUCUUUCCUGUCGUGUCGAACCUUCGAGUUCCGUCGUACGAUGGAAGUUCAACGGUGAAUAUUUUGAGGAAAAUAACCCGUAUGGAUUUAAGCAGAUAGGAACAGAUUUACACUUGUCUUCUCUGCCGGACAAUGGUCACGAAUCCACGUUUCAGUGUGUAGCUCAAAGCACACUUGGAACACUACUCAGCGUACCAGCAAAAAUCUCUAAAGCAGUAUUAAGGAAGUUUGAAGAGCUGGAUGAUCUUCAUCUGAAUGUUUCUGAAGGUUCGAACCUCGUGAUUCCUUGCCAACCCCCUUACAGCCGACCUCAAAGCAAAAUAUUGUAUAGAUACAACCAUUCUACCAUCAUUGAUAAAGAUACAGAUCAUUUUAAAAUCCUGCCGUCUGGAAAUCUACAGAUUAUUAAAGUGACGUCUGCUGACCAGGGCCUGUAUCAGUGCAUGGCCCAGAACAUUCUACGUAACCGUACGCGUACUGCCAAACAUAGUAUACAUGUUCACGUUCUCAAUAAGCAAGUUCCUAGAUAUGAUCCUGCAGUAAUAAUGACAUCAACAAAGUUACAAGCGUUGCUUGGUGAAAACGUGGUUCUAGAAUGUUCGGCUGUUGGUAAUCCACAACCAGUGAUCUCCUGGGAGAAAUAUGGUGGCUCCCUCUCUGAGGGGAGAUACCGUCUGCUGCAUGGUAACUUGUAUUUGGACAAGGUGACACUAGAAGAUGAGGGAACAUAUCUUUGUAAAGCAAAUAAUGGCAUUAAUUCUCUGAUGUUAGAUGGUCUUAAAGCAAUGGUACUUGAAGUAUUAGAGCGUCCGAUCAUACAGAGUGUAAACCCAGUGAUCAACGUAAGUCUGGGAGGUCUGAUAGAGUUGAUGUGUAUCGUACGAGGUAAACCACGCCCACAAAUUACCUGGUACCACGAUGGUAACCUUCUCAAGGCAUUUAAUGAAGAAUCUCGUUUGUUUAUACGUAAUGCGGAGGCAAGUCAUCAAGGCUUGUACCAAUGUUUCGCAGAAAACAGUGUUGGUAUCAGCCAUUCUUCUAUGAUAGUUAAUGUAGAUGUCACAAAGAGGGAUUCAGGUUCGCUUACAUUGUCCGAUCAGAAUGUUACUAAGGUACCGUCAAGUGAAGAACUCUCCAACAAAAAAGAGACUCCUGCAGGUCGGGAGUCCAAACGAAGAAAAGAUUCAAAACGGAAAUCUAAACGAAGAAGAAGUAGAAAGAAGAAACAGCGACAUAGAAAUAAAGCUAGAAAUUUAGAACCAGUGAAACUUGUACCGCCAAGCAAACCAGAAGUGAACCAGUUGUCUGACACGUCUGUCAUGUUAAACUGGACAGUACCGGAAAAUGACGGGUUGCCAAUAACGUUCUUCAGAGUACAAUAUAAGAAAGUGGCUCCAAAGAAAGGCAGCUGGGUAACAGAUGACAUCAAAAUUGACAGCCAAGUACGGACAUUUGAAGUGAGAGGUUUAAAACCAAGAUCUACGUACAAGUUCCGAAUAGCUGCUGUAUAUACAAAUGAUGACAAUGAAAUUGGCGAGAAUUCUGAUAAGUUUGAGAUGAAUGUUGAUCCUGUCCCAGAAGCGAAACCCCCUAACAAGGCACCAAAUAUUGUACAAGUUAUUCCAAUAGACUAUAAAGAAAAUCACGGUCUAAAUGUACACUGGCAGCACAAUGUUGUGACCUUGACACCGAUCGAGGGUUUCUAUAUUUACUACAAGCCAUACCAUGCAGAGAAAGACCCAUUCCAGAAUGUCACUCUACUGGAGCCCAGCGUUAGAUCACAUCUACUAACCAACCUGUUUCCCGGCACAGAAUACCUCAUUAGAAUGCAGUCAUUUAAUGGUGUAGGAGAUAGUCCGUACAGCAAUGAAGUUGUUGAAAGAACAAAAGGUACGGGUGGACCGUAUGACAAUCCACAGUUACCACAUAUAAAACCUGGAGUAUCUACAGACAAUCCUCCUGUAGUUACACCUGUCAGUAACGAUCCUAAGGAGAACGACGAUGACGGGGACAACCAGACACGUCGUACUGGGAACCAGACAAGUAGUGAAAUGUUGUACAUGAUUCUGGGUAUUGUACUGGGUGUGAUGAUGUUGUUGUUGAUCGUGUUUAUGUUCAUGUGCUGGUGGAAACAGCGACAACAAAGGAGACAGCUUGAUGCAAUGAAUGAUGCUGUACGUAACAAGUUCACAGACCCUUCUCAGAGAAUAUAUGCAGAUAGUUUACGCAAGAAAAUAUUGAAUGGUGGUAUAACAAUGAACGGCAUUAAUGGGACGAUAGCAAAUGGACAUAUACCUCGUAAUUAUCAUAAUAUGAACAUUAAUGUGAAUCCAUUGUCAGAGUUACAGCCCCUGAAUUCCUCAGAUGGAUCCACUCAUUAUUCUUCCUCAAGUUUUCAUCCAAAUGGGACCCUCCCUUCCCAUCAUCGGACAAGUGACAAUAAUUGCAAUAAUAUUAACCAAUCAAAAAGUCUGCAGAAUUCUUUGCAGCAUUUAAACCACCAUAAUACCCCUAGUGUUGGGGAUGGGGAGACUUUAGGCAGUGGGGAAUCUAUGGCGAAUCCCCCGUCGCCCAUAUGUAAAAAUGUGCCAAUUGGUCAUAAUAGUGAUGCGCUAGAUAGACGCUCUUUAUCAAAUAGGUCAUGUGACCAUGGGUCAUGUGAUCCUUGUGACAGUUCUUUAUCUUAUGAUGAUACGGGUGGUGUAUAUAAUAGUGGUCGUCAUCGGAAACGACGACGGCGAGCACAGUGUAAAGAACAAACUACUAAAGAUCAAGCAACUAACACGGAUUUAAGCAGUAACGACGGCACGAUGGAGUUGUCAGAGAGUAAUAAAGCGAUAUCAUCAUCGCAAGAAUCUGGUCAGUUAACUGAUAAUACUGUUACCGUGAAGACAAACUCUGAAAGUCAAGUGUUAGUUCCGUGUACUAAUGUCGUAUGACCUUGGCUCUACGAACAUUUAUAAUUACGCAAUCUGCAAUAUUUUAAUUAACCUGAGAUUCUAACGAGAAUUUUUUUUUUCUUUUCAAGAAUGGCAGACUUCUUGAUGGAUUUAUGCAAUGGAGUUGUGCAUUUAAGUUUGCAAAUCCCUCAGGAAUUUUUUUUUUAAAUAAACUAGAUUUAAAAAUGCAUUUUUUUUUUGCAUCAAGUGUUUAUUCAGCAGAAACUGGACUGCAGCAAUUUGAUUGGUGCUUAUUCAUGUGAUAAUGUAUAAUACCAAAUAAUGCAUUUUUGUGUCGACACAAAAAGAACAACUUUCUUUGGAAGGAGAGGAAUUAAUGUAAUAAUAGCGUGUUCACAUUGUGAAGGAGAAUCAAAGGCUUCGAGGGGCGUCAAAUUAGCCAUAGAUUGAA